ACAGUUUCUUGUUUGCGCUGGUGUAAUUUAAUCAGCCGACAAUUAAAUUCUAAACGCAUUCUUGCUACUGUACAGUGCGUGCACAUUUAUAACAGACUGAUGCGCGCUUCUUAUGCAAAACAGAGCGCGAGCUAGAGAGGGGCUCUGAAAUCCUUUUGCCUUAAUUUCGGUGCGAUUUUUAUGGAGCAGAACUGGAUCUAUUUUGUGAAUGUCAGCGGAAAUAAAUCCUCCCUGUGUGGCAUUUAAAGCCCCAUCGAUUUUGGUGCCGCUCCAAAGUUUUGCGUGUGACAUUUUUGGAGACAAACUGGAGCUGCGGUCAGAGAGCAACUCGUGCUUUGUUCCGUGAAUAGAAUAAAUAUAUGGAACAGUUCCUCCCUCCCUCCGAGCAUCUCUGGGCAGGUAGGCUUGACGCCGCCAAACCUGACUUUCGAGCGGCAGUCUCGGCAGACCACUCGACGUGCCACAACGCCUCUUGCAAAAUCACAAAGUUUAAUUUGUCCAAAUUUGAAAGUUGAUAAACAUCGCGCGACCAAUUUGAUAAUAGAAGGCAGCGCGCGUACACCGCUGCCCUUUUAAGGGAUCCGAACUUGCCUUUAGAGGCGUUGGUGGUUCUUUUUUAAGGCGUGCAAGGGUCGGUCUGCCGUGGCAUUGCACCGAGACCGUGAGUUAGUCCCAUGAGUGCGCUGUGCCCAACCUCCGCCUCAAUCACCUCCUGUUUCGCGCUGCAAAGCAAACGCGAACUCUUCUUCAAGAGCGAGUUGCCAAACGCCAAUUCAGGAGGAACUGUAACUGCUAACAUGACUACCGUCGCCGCCCCUAGCGUUCUCGGGCAGCCGCCCCAGCCUCCGGACUCAAAACCGCCGCCGCCGUCCAACAAGGACGUCGUCACUGCCCUGUUGGCCAAGAGGGAGGCAGCUGCGGCCGCCGCAGCCGCAGCAGCUACCACCAACCACACUGAAAAUAAGGAAAACAGGUUCCGCGAAAGAGACAAGGAUGAGAAACAACAGGUGCGAAAACCUCAGCCAGCGACAAAGCAACUAGACGGCUAUGUUGGUUUUGCAAGCUUACCUAACCAAGUUUACAGGAAGGCGGUCAAAAGGGGUUUCGACUUCACCCUUAUGGUUGUUGGUGAAAGUGGGCUGGGAAAAUCAACCCUCGUCAACUCGAUGUUCCUUUCCGACAUUUACUCAAAUCAGUAUCCUGGGCCAUCUGAGCGAGUGGCAAAAACUGUGCGCGUUGACACGACAAGGGUGUUGCUGAAGGAGAACGGCGUCAAUCUCACUCUCACAGUGGUUGACACUCCAGGAUUCGGGGAUGCUGUCGACAAUUCAAACUGCUGGCAACCAGUGCUAGAUUAUGUGGAGGCGCGCUACGAAGAGUACCUGAACCACGAGUCACGGGUAACCAGACAGGCGCCUGCUGCCGUUGUGGCCACUGCCACUACGCAACCUCAGCCACCAUUGGAUGGCCGUGUACACUGCUGUCUCUACUUCAUUGCUCCCUCUGGCCAUGGUCUCAAGCCCCUCGACGUUGAAUUUAUGCAGCGUCUGCACGAUCGGGUUAACAUUGUGCCAGUGCUCGCCAAGGCCGACACCAUGACCCCUGAAGAGUGCACUGCUUUCAAGAAGCAGAUCUUGCAGGAAAUCCAUCAACACAAGAUUAAAAUCUAUGAAUUCCCCGAUUCCCCGGAAGAAGACGAAGAGGCCAAGCAAAACGCCAAGCUGAAAGCCAGAGUCCCGUUUGCUGUGGUCGGAUCAAACACGGUCUUGGAGAUGGAGGGAGGAAAAAGAGUGCGUGGAAGGAGGUAUCCUUGGGGAGUUGCUGAAGUCGAAAAUCUUGAGCAUUGCGACUUUUUGGCUUUGCGCAACAUGCUGCUGCGCACUCAUCUUCAGGACUUAAAAGAAAUCACUGGCAGCGUGCAUUACGAAAACUUCAGGUGUCGCAAACUAGCCACCCUGGGAACAGCAGAGGGAAACAAGUCCACACUGUCCAACGUGAAUCCGCUUGCACAAAUGGAGGAUGAGAAGCGCGAGCACGAAGCCAAGAUGAAGAAAAUGGAAGCUGAAAUGGAACAGGUUUUCAAGAUGAAGGUGUCAGAAAAGAAGCAAAAGCUGAAAGAUUCUGAAACAGAUUUGCAACGAAGACACGAGCAGAUGCGCAAGUCGCUGGAGCAACAGCAAAAAGAACUUGAAGAACGGCGUUCCCAGUUUGAGAAAGAGAGGCUUGCUUGGGAGCAGAGCACAGGUGUCACUAUUGAAGAGCUCAGACGGCGUUCACUGGAAGCUAAUUCAAAAGAGACCGUUGACGGCAAGGACAAGAAAAAGAAGAAAGGUCUUUUCUGAGUGUUGGACAGCUCGUAAGUUCGAGCCCCGUACCCUCUUAAGACAAGAUGCAAGUAUGUCUUCUGUCAAGCUAAACUUUCAGUGGUGAAAAAAAUUGACUUCUAUAUCAUCAUGAGUAACUGCGACUUGGCAUUACCAAGUGAACAAUUUUAAAGUUAUUAGUAUAAACCCAGCUAAAAUUUCAGUCAUUUACCAUCUCAAGUUUUUGUGCAAUUCUUGAAGACGACAUUCCGUGCCGUGGAUCUUUUUAAAUAUUGCUCUCUAAUGUUAGAUUCCUCCACUUUUGCACUUUCUUUUUGAAAGCACAAUAAUUUCAUGCGCUUGCUCAAAUGUGUUUACUGAUUCGGGUUGUUGCAUUUAAAUUGGUGUUCGUAAGAAAGAACUUAGCUGGCUGGAAAAUAUCAACAAAAUUUAAAAAAUCGUAAUUUAACCUUGGUAGCUUUAAAGCCUGCGAAAUGUGAGUCUAAUUAUUCUGCUUAAAAUAGAAUCCAAUUAAAAUUAAACCUUCAUAAAUUACAAGGUUUUCUAUUCGAAUCUCUUGUAAAGCUUUGAUUUAUAUUUUAUACGUUCCCGCCCUUCCUCUAAAUUACAUAAAAAAGAACGCCAUAACUUGCAUUUCUAGUUAGAAGUGUGUUUUAAUUGAAAUCUUUGUAUGCUUAUGAUGAUCAAAGGAAGCUCUUAUCAGAGUGCUUUAUAAUAUUUGAGGCAGGGUUUGCUUGUAACUGGAGGCGCGCAAUAUACACAGCUCGUUUAAAUGUAUUGCUGAAAAAUCCUAUAUAACUAUUGAACAGACCUUGCGCGUGUUUUGCGUGUUUAAAAAAACUCAAGUGAUAAAUCACUUGUAUCUGGAGGAAAGAGUUAAUUGUAUAGUGUCCAAGAGGACUGGUCCUCAGAUUCCUAGUCUUCAAAAAACAAAAUGAGCAAGGAUUUAGCCCACCUGCUUCGUGAAGUAAUGUAAUAUUUACAUAUAGUAUUUAUUAUAAAUGUGCUCUUGUAUGUUCAGGGUGGGUCGCGAAUGAUCUGUAUAAAAUGAGACAAGCGCAAAAGCAAUUUUUUUUGGGCGCCUCACUUUUUGCCAAAGCAAACCCAACCUUUAUCGCUAUCCUUUGACUUUAAUUAAAGCAAAAUAAAUAUUCGUGCCAAUAUGACAGUUAUUCAUGAAACUAUGUCGUGCAAAUGAUUGACUGAACUGGUUUUCUUGCAAGCUGGCCAUGUAAUAAUGAACUGCAGAUCACUUUGUCUAUUUACUUAAAUUGAACAUGGACAAACGCAAUGUAAAAUGCAGAUUGUAUCCAUUAAGAAUAGUGCAAAGUGAGCAAUAUAAAAAUUGGGUCAAAAUAUAAUUAUUUUGCAUUGAGCAAUAUUGGAAACGCUUCUUAAUUAAAAUGGCCAGAAGUGACUGCCUUACAUUUACCACGUCAGCUCAGCCAGCUCAGUUAAUCAUUGGCAAAAACUGUAUUAUGUAUAUUGAACGCAUCCAUUUUCUAUCUAUGUAUGUGUAUAUAGCACCAGAAAGUUUUACCAUUUGCAUCCUCAACAGCGUAUUGCAAACAAAAUAAUGAUAAUAUUAAUUAAAGUAUAGUAGAAUUAGCUCAAAAUUUGUGUGCAAAAGCCAACUCGUAUAUAUUUCCGGGCAAUAUAUAAAAAUUAAAUUUAUUGUUUCAAGCUCUUGAGUGCUCAGACUGAAACAGGAAUUAAUUGAAAGUAUCUCUU